AUUCAGACGCUUCGGAGGUCAGCACUCUUCUCGCCUGGAAUCCAUCACAGUUGCUUCUGGAAGGCAAGACAGAUUUGUACCCAUGACACUCCAGGAGAGAUACCUGCCGCCGGCUGCCUGAGGGCCUCCUCUCCCGUGAAGGGCCCUGGAUCUGGUUUCCUUGUGCUCUGGACACCCGAGGUCCCCGCUUAUGCACUCCAGCACCCCCAUCAGCUCCCUCUUCUCCUUCACCAGCCCCGCAGUGAAGAGGCUGCUUGGCUGGAAGCAAGGAGAUGAGGAGGAGAAGUGGGCGGAGAAGGCCGUGGACUCUCUGGUGAAGAAACUCAAGAAGAAGAAAGGAGCCAUGGACGAGCUGGAGCGGGCCCUCAGCUGCCCGGGACAGCCCAGCAGGUGCGUCACCAUCCCCCGAUCCCUGGAUGGGCGGCUGCAGGUGUCGCACCGCAAGGGGCUGCCCCACGUGAUUUAUUGCCGCGUGUGGCGCUGGCCGGAUCUCCAGUCCCACCACGAGCUGAAGCCACUGGAGUGCUGCGAGUUCCCAUUCGGUUCCAAGCAGAAGGAAGUGUGCAUCAACCCUUACCACUACCGCAGGGUGGAGACCCCAGUGCUGCCUCCAGUCCUAGUGCCCCGGCACAGUGAAUAUAACCCCCAGCUCAGCCUGCUGGCCAAGUUCCGCAGCGCCUCCCUGCACAGCGAGCCGCUCAUGCCGCACAAUGCCACCUACCCGGACUCCUUCCAGCAGCCUCCGUGCUCUGCACCCCCACCCUCGCCCAGCCACAUGUUCUUGCAGUCCCCCUGCACCGCCAGCUACCCCCACUCCCCGGGAAGUCCUGCAGAGCCCGACAGCCCGUAUCAGCACUCAGCAGACACCGGACCACCUCACUACAGGUGGUGCUCGCCGCCAAGUGGCAGGUUUUAUACGGUCACAAGGCAGCCAGCCUGGUUUUGCAGCCAGCUCUCUAACUGCGCCUUGUGCUGCUGUCCUCUGGGUCCCUUUCUUUCAGACUUCCGGCCUGUUUGCUACGAGGAGCCCCAGCACUGGUGCUCAGUGGCCUACUACGAACUGAAUAACCGAGUGGGGGAGACGUUCCAGGCCUCCUCUCGCAGCGUGCUCAUCGACGGCUUCACAGACCCCUCCAACAACAGGAACAGAUUCUGUCUUGGACUCCUUUCUAAUGUAAACCGAAACUCCACGAUAGAAAACACCAGAAGACACAUAGGAAAGGGUGUGCACUUGUACUACGUCGGGGGAGAGGUAUACGCAGAGUGCGUGAGUGACAGCAGCAUCUUUGUGCAGAGCCGAAACUGCAACUAUCAGCACGGCUUCCACCCGGCCACUGUCUGCAAGAUCCCCAGCGGGUGCAGCCUCAAGGUCUUCAACAACCAGCUCUUUGCUCAGCUGCUUGCUCAGUCAGUUCACCAUGGCUUUGAGGUCGUUUAUGAGCUAACAAAGAUGUGUACCAUCCGGAUGAGCUUUGUGAAGGGUUGGGGAGCCGAGUAUCACCGCCAGGAUGUCACGAGCACCCCCUGCUGGAUUGAGAUCCAUCUUCACGGGCCACUGCAGUGGUUGGAUAAAGUUCUGACUCAGAUGGGCUCGCCACAUAAUCCUAUUUCCUCAGUGUCUUAACAGUCAUGUCUUAAAACUCCAUUUCCAUAGGAGGGAUGCUGUUGCGGCCAGUGGCUUACAUGGUUUCAGAUUUGCAACUCCUGGAAGUUUCUACAUGCAUGUGUAAAUAUGUAUAAUGUACACUGUUUGUUGUUGUUUUUUUGUUGUUGUUUUUAAUCACCAUUUGUUUUGUGCUGUCUCAUUAACUCAGUGCCGGCACACUGCAGUUAGCAAAGCAGACUUUUGUUGCUUGUGCUGCAAGCAGCAGCAGCAGCAGCAGCUUCUCUUAUAAGAGUAGACAAAUAAAAGGCAACGGCGUCAAUGGAGUUUGGAGGGUGCGGGCAGAAUCAAGGGCACGCUGCACGACCUGAACAGAGACGUCAUGGAAACUGUGUAUAAAGCAAAAUCAGGUUUCAGCAGCACAAAAGCGUUUGGAGACAAAACAAAGCCGUCCAACCCGUAUGGUGUCAGUAAUCUCACUGGCAGUGCUGCCGGCCCUGGAAAAUCAAACUUGUAUUCUGAAUUAUGGGAGACAAGCUGUAUAAACUUUAUGUUGUUGCAACUGAAAUACAUGGACUAGCCUGCUGAUAGGCGUGGUACUUGUUCAAAUAGAUUUCAGCUGUGGCUGGAAAAGAACUUGCAGCCUGAUGGAUCCUGUUGCUCAGACUGCCAUUGUGUGUGUGUGUGUGUGUGUGUGUGUGUGUGUGAAAAUGAGUUGAAUGAGGGAAAGUAAAGAUGGCAGUAGCAUGAAAUGUGCUGUGUUCCCAGGUGACAAUCUAAGUCCAGGACUAGUGCAGGAGCCACCCAAGGAGACACCUCUGGCUUUCUACCUAGGAAAUCAGGCUCCUGUUCUCCCAGCUGUUCAUGUCAGACAGUCCUUCAGCUCUGUGAGAUAGCAUGGUGUGCCAUGACACCAGGGACUCUCAGUCCAGUGUAGAGGAGAAGCAGAUAAAAUAAAAGGGCUGGACAAAGGAGCAUACGCUUCUAUCUGCUCACAUUCCCACACCAGUGUCUCUGGGUCAGGGCACUCUUUGGGCCACACUUUCUUUCCUCUUGGUGAAUAUUAGCUAUUUACAGAUGUCAAAAAUAGUGGUAAGGCCAUUAAGGAAGCCUACAUUAUUAGAUCAAAUGUAUGAGCUAAUUAGAGUCUCUAUUGAUUAAAAUAUCAAGUGAUCAAAUCUGACAUUCUCUUAACAGAAACUAAAGUUUCCUACUUGGAAAUAAUGUCUCAAGGGAAACGAUAAUCAUUUUAUAACCCUCUAUAGUGUGGUGUUGAGAGAACAGUGGUACUUAAUUAUAGGCCAUUCCUUAAAAAGCGCCAUGAUAUUAAAAGCCUGUCCUUGUUCUUCUUCGGGUGAUGGAGGAAAUGUCUAGGUACUUUCAUAUUUAUAUACUUACCAUCUAGUAAACACUGCGUUGCUUGGAGAAGUAUGUCACACCCUCUUCAAAAUGUUCAUUUAAGAUGCUGUCAUGCUUGUAACAAACAGUACUUCCCUAAUCCAAGAAGUUUCUUCACUUACACGUUCUGUCUCAGCUCUUUGUACCGUUAGUGCGCAUGGUAGUCAUUUCUCAAUAAACUACUCAAGGUAGAGCUGAUCAUGUGAAAAAGAUACACGAGUGAGCUGCUACUAUCCCACCUCCCAUCACCACUAGUGUUAUUGAAUAGAUGCCUUCAUAUAUACAAUAGAAAAUUGUGUCUUGAAACCAAGUGACCCAGUUAGUGUUUAGAAAAGCCCCUAGCUUAUCAGUUCAUCAACUAUGUAUUGCACACUUCUGCCUGGUAGAUGCCAUGUUAGGUUCUGUUGAGAUAGCCCAGUCCUUGAAGGCUGAGAGUUCUGCAUAGCGACACCUUUGCGUCUGAAACUUUAAAACAGAACAAAAGACAUACUUUUUUUUUUUGCUUGAAAAAUAUAAUUGACUUCUUAAAUAAUACUCUUCCAAAAUGGUUAUUUCCUUUCCCUUCUGAUUAAUCAGGAAAUGGGUUCCUUGGUUAAAUGCUCCUUUUCCUCUGUAUCUGAAAGUUGCUUUUACUUCUCCUUUCUUCUUGCUUCUCUUUUUAUGAUACUCCCUGACUCUCCAUUUCUUGGAAAAAUCGUUAAUAUGGUGAGUCUCAGAUGAAUCCAAACCCAUGGGAGAGCUUCAGGAACAUGCAGUCUUAGCUCCAGGGAUGAAAUACAGCUUCCUGAUUUCUUCACCCCGCCAUCAGACUCACCUCCAGCCCUCCUGAACCUUUACAGAAUUCGCUGGAGCUAGUGACUUCUAAAUAUCAUUAAACAACAGAACACCUAAACCCCUUGAAUUUUCAUGCAUCCUUACGGAAUCUGAACAAUAUGUCACUGUACCUAAAUUAAUUCUUCAAGAAAUACAUGAUAAAAUUGACACCUAGCAUACCUCACUGAAGGUCUGUAUCAGGAGAACUUUGAAAUUCAGAGAAUCUAGAACUGAUGCGAUGUGAACCUUUGGCGUGACUGUAACACGGUCACAUUUCUUUCUCUUGCUUUUUAUCGCUAAAAGUUCUCAACAAUUGCAGCAACAUACUUGAUUUCAGAAUUUUAAAUGUGGUUACUGAGCACUCAUUCCUUAAAGCAGAUGGUCCAAAAGAAUGCAAGUGUUCUUCUACAGCAUAAAUAGCAAAAUUGACAUGCUAAGUAAGGGUGCCAUAGCUGAGGGUGCCACAGACAAUAAUUGUGAACUAGAGAAAAGCAACAUUUUGAUUGAUUAGAAGAUCCAUGACAUCGGUCAUGUGUUAUUCAAGCCAGUUUUUUUUCCUUUUUCUUUCUUUUUUUUUUUUUGUUUCAUGUUAAGAAAAUGAGAUGUGAAACACUUGUUUGUGCUAGAUGGUCUACUAAUAGCUGUGGGUGUUUGGAACCAUAAAGAUGUCACUCUGUAACAUGUAUACUUUACAUUUUGUUAUUUUUUAAAUACUCAUGAUAAAUAAGGAAAAGUUGGCCAACUAGCUAGCAUUUAGAAUCUCCUUUACUUGUCUUAUAAGACUGGGAACACUUUCUAUUUAAGUAUCUGAUUCUGGUUAUAAUAAGUUGGCUUCAGUUAUCCUUCUGAUGCACUUACACUGUUAUUCAUGGUUUAUAAUAAAGAAUACUGUACCUGUGUCUCUUAGCUCAUUUUUUGGACAAGUUUUGUGGAACUAUAUGGAUACCUCUGUAACAGCAACACAUUAACUAAAGCAUUUAUAAAUAUCGCUUGUUAGACUUUAAGCUUCUGCUUAAUGUUGGAUGUGUCUGGAAUAUUUGGAAUAUUUACUCAAGAAAUCAAGCAAAAUGUAAUAUGCAUUCCAUUGUUUUUCUUUCCUUGUUAAGAUUUAACAGCUGAACUGUAGGACAAGUUAGGUAAUCCUUGUGUAUGUUAAAGUUAGUCCACGUUAAUAGCAAAGAAACAAACAAAAAGGGAACUAUUCUAUUUGAGUAAAGCAGUGUUUUGAUUCAGAUAACUUGCCUUCAAAUCCACAAUACUGUUAUUUGAUUGUUUAUAAUAAAGAACACCGCACCUGA